AUGGAGGUGACCUGCCUUCUACUUCUGGCGCUGAUCCCCUUACACUGCCAGGGACAAGGAGUCUACGCUCCAGCCCAGGCUCAGAUCGUGCACGCGGGCCAGGCGUGUGUGGUGAAAGAGGACAACAUCAGUGAGCGCGUCUACACCAUCCGGGAGGGGGACACCUUGGUGCUGCAGUGCCUUGUCACCGGGCACCCUCGGCCCCAGGUGCGUUGGACCAAGACCGCGGGCAGUGCGUCGGACAAGUUCCAGGAGACAUCGGUGUUCAAUGAGACACUGCGCAUCGAGCGCAUCGCGCGCACGCAGGGCGGCCGCUACUACUGCAAGGCCGAGAAUGGCGUGGGCGUGCCUGCCAUCAAGUCCAUCCGGGUGGACGUGCAGUACCUGGACGAGCCAGUGCUGACAGUACACCAGACAGUGAGCGAUGUUCGAGGCAACUUCUACCAGGAGAAGACGGUGUUCCUGCGCUGUACGGUCAACUCCAACCCACCUGCCCGCUUCAUCUGGAAGCGGGGCUUGGACACCUUGUCUCACAGCCAGGACAAUGGGGUCGACAUCUAUGAGCCCCUCUACACCCAGGGGGAGACCAAGGUCCUGAAGCUGAAGAACCUGCGGCCCCAGGACUAUGCCAGCUACACCUGCCAGGUGUCUGUACGCAACGUGUGUGGCAUCCCGGACAAGGCCGUCACCUUCUGGCUCACCAACACCACGGCACCACCAGCCCUGAAGCUGUCUGUGAACGAAACUCUGGUGGUGAACCCUGGGGAGAAUGUGACGGUACAGUGUCUGCUGACAGGCGGUGAUCCUCUGCCCCAGCUGCAGUGGUCCCAUGGACCAGGUCCACUGCCCCUGGGUGCCCUGGCCCAGGGUGGCACCCUCAGCAUCCCUUCAGUGCAGGCCCGAGACUCUGGCUACUACAACUGCACAGCCACCAACAAUGUGGGCAACCCUGCCAAGAAGACUGUCAACCUCCUGGUGCGAUCCAUGAAGAAUGCCACAUUCCAGAUCACCCCAGAUGUGAUCAAAGAGAGCGAGAACAUACAGCUGGGCCAGGACCUGAAGCUGUCAUGCCAUGUGGAUGCAGUGCCCCAGGAGAAGGUGACCUACCAGUGGUUCAAGAAUGGCAAGCCAGCACGCAUGUCCAAGAGGCUGCUGGUGACUCGCAAUGACCCUGAGUUGCCCGCUGUCACCAGCAGCCUAGAGCUCAUUGACCUACACUUCAGCGACUACGGCACCUAUCUGUGUGUGGCUUCCUUCCCAGGAGCACCUGUGCCCGACCUGAGCGUCGAGGUCAACAUCUCCUCUGAGACAGUGCCUCCCACCAUCAGCGUGCCCAAGGGCAGGGCCGUGGUGACCGUGCGUGAGGGCUCGCCCGCCGAGCUGCAGUGCGAGGUGCGGGGCAAGCCGCGGCCGCCUGUGCUUUGGUCCCGUGUGGACAAGGACGCUGUGUUGCUGCCCUCGGGGCUGCCCCUCGAGACCUCGGACGGGAAGCUGCAGCUGGAGCGUGUGAGCCGCGACAUGAGUGGGACCUACCGCUGCCAGACGGCUCGCUAUAAUGGCUUCAACGUGCGCCCCCGUGAGGCCCAGGUGCAGCUGAACGUGCAGUUCCCGCCGGAGGUGGAGCCCAGCUCCCAGGACGUGCGCCAGGCACUGGGCCGGCCAGUGCUGCUGCGCUGCUCGCUGCUUCGAGGCAGCCCCCAGCGCAUCUCCUCGGCUGUGUGGCGCUUCAAAGGGCAACUGCUGCCUCUGCCGCCUGCCGUCCCUGUCGCCGCCGAGGCCCCCGACCACUCUGAGCUGCGCCUCGACGCCGUCACCCGCGACAGCAGCGGCAGCUACGAGUGCAGCGUCUCCAACGACGUGGGCUCCGCUGCCUGCCUCUUCCAGGUCUCGGCCAAAGCCUACAGCCCGGAGUUUUACUUCGACACCCCCAACCCCACCCGCAGCCACAAGCUGUCCAAGAAUUACUCCUACGUGCUGCAGUGGACCCAGAGGGAGCCUGACGCUGUCGACCCUUUGCUCAACUACAGACUCAGUGUCCGCCAGUUGAAUCAGCAAAACGCCAUGGUGAAGGCCAUCCCGGUGCGGCGUGUGGAGAAGGGGCAGCUGCUGGAGUACAUCUUGACCGACCUUCGAGUGCCUCACAGCUACGAGGUCCGCCUCACUCCCUACACCACUUUCGGGGCUGGAGAUACGGCCUCCCGCAUCAUCCACUACACAGAGCCCAUCAACUCUCCCAAUCUGUCAGACAACACCUGCCACUUUGAGGAUGAGAAGAUCUGUGGCUACACCCAGGACCUGACAGACAACUUUGACUGGACCCGGCAGAAUGCCCUCACCCAGAACCCCAAGCGCUCCCCCAACACUGGUCCCCCCACGGACAUAAGUGGCACCCCUGAGGGCUACUACAUGUUCAUUGAGACAUCAAGGCCCCGGGAGUUGGGGGACCGUGCGAGGUUGGUGAGUCCCCUGUACAACGCCAGCGCCAAGUUCUACUGCGUCUCCUUCUUCUACCACAUGUACGGGAAGCAUAUCGGCUCCCUCAACCUCCUGGUGCGGUCCCGGAACAAAGGGGCACUGGACACACACGCCUGGUCCCUCAGCGGCAAUAAGGGCAACGUGUGGCAGCAGGCACAUGUGCCCAUCAACCCCAGCGGGCCCUUCCAGAUUAUUUUUGAGGGGGUUCGAGGCUCGGGCUACCUGGGGGAUAUCGCCAUAGAUGACGUCACACUGAAGAAGGGAGAGUGUCCCAGGAAGCAGAUGGAUCCCAAUAAAGUGGUGGUGAUGCCGGGCAGUGGAGCCCCCUGGCAGUCCCGCCCACCGCUCUGGGGGUCCAUGGCCAUCUUCCUCUUGGCGUUGCAGAGAUGAUGAGCGCUUCGUGGCCCCCCCCACCCUGCCCCCGGCACACCAAAGUGUCCGCAUCGUACCAAAGACUGACCCCAUGCCAGCCGGGGUGCCCAGGGGCAGAGCCGCCCGCCAGUGAGGGGGCCUGCAUUGGCUGUGAGGAUGAGCAGAGAACAAGGACAGCGGCCCAGCACUGUGGCCCCGGAGACGUUUGUUCGACACACGCACACACACACCCACACUCACACACACAGAGAUAUAUUAAAGCACAAGUUUCUAUCUGACCUGCCAGCAUCUUCUUUGCUGCAGAGACAGGGGACUCGCCUGAAUGGCACCUACCACUCCAGGGACCUCGGCGCCACAUAGGCCUUGUCCUGGCUGCACCUGCGGUGUGUUUCUGACCUUCCCCUGUCCCUGACUCAAGGCUGAGCUCAGCCCCGUGGCUUUACCAGAAGGAACCAGAAGGGGAGCAGACACAGGAGCCCUGCUCUUGGAUGGACUCUGGGGCCCCCUGGAAUGGAGGAGGCCGGGGUCAGAGGGGGCCAAGCGGGACUGACUCUGCAAACGACAAAGGACAUGAGGCACCAGCUGCACACAACUCUGUUCCCAGAGCGAAGGCCAGAAGCCGGAGAGCCGAGGACACCCAUAUCCCCUGACCCAUUCAUUCCUGGGAUGCCAUAUCCCGCCCCUCACUGUUCCCCCUUCGAAGGGACCUAGCGCAGGGUCUUGGGCCUGGACAGUCUGGAGACUGACCCCUUCCCCACCCUCCCCAUCCCACCGCACCCCACCC